AGUCAGGUUUAUGGAUUAGGCCAACUUAGAAGCCUCCUAUGAAACCUCCUCCUCAAAUUUCCCCUCUUUAUAACAACGCUCCGCAUACUCUUUUUUUUUCCACUCAACUCAACUUUGAAUAUCUUUCAAGAAUUUGAAAUAUCAAAAUUAAUGGCAUCACCACAAGAGAAUUGCACUACACUUGAUUUGAUUAGGAAACAUCUUCUUGAUGAUGUAGCUUUUAUGGAAUAUUACUGCUCCGAACCAACCACCCUUUAUUCCCAAAGCUCCUCCUCUUCUGAUCAAUCUUUAAGCUCUAUUAUUAAUGCUUCUGAGCUCAAUAACGACACUUUCUCCUUUGAAGCCAACACAACACAAUCUUCCAAAACAGAGUUUGAUAGCUUCGAGUUUGAGACAAAACCAAAUUUGUCAGCUGCUCGUAUUAGUUCAAAUUCUCCGCACCAAACGAGCUUCAAAGAACGCAAGCCUUCUCUUAACAUUGCGAUACCAAUGAAGCAGGUUCAGAAAGUGGAAAUUUCCAACGACACCGAGAAGAAGCAUUACAGAGGAGUUAGGCAAAGGCCAUGGGGAAAGUUCGCAGCAGAAAUUCGUGACCCGAACCGAAAGGGGACUCGGGUUUGGUUAGGAACCUUUGACACUGCCUUAGAGGCGGCCAAGGCAUAUGACAGGGCUGCGUUUAAGCUUAGAGGCAGCAAAGCGAUAGUGAAUUUCCCUCUUCAAGUUGAGCAACAAGAUAAUGAUGAGAUUCGGCCAUUGGUGAAUUCAAGCAGGAAAAGGGUGAGGGAAACAGAGAAUGAGGAGCAACUAGCUAUCAACAAGGAAGUGAAAAGAGAAGAAGAAAGAGUCCCCACGGCUCCAUUAACGCCGUCAAGUUGGUCGGCUAUUUGGGACUGUGGAGAUGGGAAGGGUAUUUUUGAGGUGCCGCCACUGUCACCAUUAUGGCCUAUUCUAAGCUUGUCAUGAUAUAAUCAAAAAGGACAAGGCGUAUAUACUUUAUUAUAAUGUUAGUAUUUUGGCAGAUGAAUGAUAUAUAAAUAUGCACCUGACCACAAGAAAGUCUGAGGUGAAAUAAAGAAUUAGGAUUAGGAUUCAAUACAACAUGUAGAAUAAAGGAUGUGUCUUUGGCUCUUUAAUCUUUGUCUGAAAUAGGCAGUGCGUCUAACAAUUUGUUCGAUUGAUCUAUUCAUUUUAGAGAAAAUGAUAAUAAUAGUUUCUUAUGUUUGGGAGUAGGUUUAAC